GCCAUUUUAGGUUGGGUCGGUGGCGGCGCCAUUAAAAACAGGGAGCGAGAGGAGGAGGGAUCGGAGGGAUCGGCGCGCUCGGCCGGGGCCGCCAGCGGGGCCGGGGCCUCGGCGGGGAGGCGGCGGCACCGGAGGUGGCCGGUGCGGGGCGGCGGCGGCGCCAUGUCGGAUCAGCAGUUCGCUCUGGACUCGGCGGCGGUAGCGGCUGGCGCCGGGGGCAGCGCGGCGGAGCCGGCGGAGCAGCCUGAGGGGCAGGCGGGGGCGGGGAGCACCGAUGGGGGAGGCGGCGGCGGCGGCGGCGGCGGGGUCGAGUCGGAGGGAGCCAAGAUCGACGCCAGCAAGAACGAGGAGGACGAGGGGAAAAUGUUCAUUGGUGGCCUUAGCUGGGACACCACCAAGAAGGAUCUGAAGGACUACUUCUCCAAGUUUGGUGAAGUUGUGGACUGCACUCUCAAGUUGGACCCCAUCACUGGGAGAUCGAGAGGCUUUGGCUUUGUGCUCUUCAAAGAGUCAGAGAGCGUGGAUAAGGUCAUGGACCAGAAAGAACACAAGCUGAAUGGAAAGGUCAUUGAUCCAAAAAGAGCUAAAGCCAUGAAAACAAAAGAACCAGUUAAAAAGAUUUUUGUUGGGGGCUUAUCUCCAGACACACCUGAGGAGAAAAUCCGGGAAUACUUUGGAGCUUUUGGUGAGGUCGAAUCCAUAGAGCUCCCCAUGGACAACAAAACUAACAAGAGGCGUGGAUUUUGCUUCAUUACUUUCAAGGAGGAGGAGCCAGUGAAGAAAAUAAUGGAGAAGAAAUACCACAAUGUUGGGCUUAGUAAAUGUGAAAUAAAAGUAGCCAUGUCAAAGGAACAGUACCAGCAGCAGCAGCAGUGGGGGAGUCGGGGAGGAUUUGUUGGAAGAGCUCGAGGGAGAGGUGGAGGCCCCAGUCAAAGCUGGAACCAGGGAUACAGCAACUACUGGAAUCAGGGGUAUGGGAACUAUGGUUACAACAGCCAAGGCUAUGGUGGUUAUGGAGGCUACGACUACACUGGUUACAACAACUACUAUGGAUAUGGCGACUAUAGCAAUCAGCAGAGUGGUUAUGGGAAAGUAUCUCGGCGAGGUGGUCAUCAAAAUAGCUACAAACCAUACUAAAUUAUUCCAUUUGCAACUUACCCCAAACAGGUGGAGACGCAGUAUUUUCUCAUUCGAAGAUUCAUUUGAGGUGGCACAUGCUACCUGCUAAUAGCAGUUGAAACUAAUUUUUGUAUCAAGUCCAUGAAUUGGAAGUAAGACGUUGGGUCCCUCUGAAGUUUAAUUGAAUUUUCAUUAAGAAAAAAUUGCUUUCAUGGUCUUAUUUCUUAAUUGCUAUGCUUAAGAAUCAAUUUGUUUUAUGCCCCUUCCUCAGUAUUGUAGCUCAAGUCUUGUGUUCCAAAGCCCAGUGUGACAGUGUCAUGAUGUAGUAGUGUCUUACUGGUUUUUUAAUAAAUCUUUUUGUAUAA